AAACCUUGAGGGCAGCAGCAGCAGCCUACCAGCCAGCAGCAAGUGCCAGCCUACCAGAGGAGAUGGAGCUGAGGAUAUUAAGUUCCCUUGAGGAGAUCCCAGCCUGCCGGAGAAGAUGGAGCCCGGCACAGCAACUGGCAGCAACGCUCAUCCGACGCUCACCCGACGCUGCUCAGCUGACGCUUCCCUGAAUGCGAGCAACGUGGGUGGUGGGAGCAGCGCCUUCAGCAUGAAAGGACGGCGGUGGGAUGCGCACGGCCUGGGGAGUGCUCUGCUGAUUACUGCCCUGCCCUCGCUGCAGCUCUGUGGCAGCAGGAGCAGCUUCACGAGCAGAGGAGAGGAGACGCGUGGGAGGCAAAGGGAAACAUUGAGGGCAUCGGCAGCAGCAGCAGCAGCUGUCAGCAACGCCCCAACUCUCCGACGCUCCCCAGACGCGCCUUUAGCAUGUGAGGAGGACGGUGGGAUGACGCACGGCCUGGGGAGUGCUCUGCUGAUUUCUGGCCCUGCCCUCGCUGCAGCUCCGUGGCAGCAGCAGCAGCAGCGGUACCUUCCCUCGCGGCAGCUCUGUGGCAGCAGGAGCAGCUUCACGAGCAGAGGAGAGGAGACGCGCGGGAGGCAGAGGUGGUGCAGUCAAUGGCGUGAAAGGGAAGUCAACACUUCACUUGCAACCGGCUAAGUUUCCGCUUCCCACGCACCCUCACUCUCUCUCACCCGUUCACACUCACUUUCUCACUCCCCUCUCCAUGCUUUUCGUUUUUCAGCUUCUCCGUAGUUCUCGUUUUGAUUCUGCUGCAUUUUUCUCUUGUGUUUCGUCCUCACUCCAGCAACUUUCCAGUUACUAAUCCUCUCUUAUUU